CCAAUGGGGUGGGGCGGCGGGGAUGCGGCGGAACGUGGAGGUGAAGGCGCGCCUGCGGGCGCGAGCGGCGGCGGCCGCGCGCCUGGGAGGGGGCGGUGGUCACGGUCACGGUCACGGUCACGGUCACGGUCACGGUCACGGGCGGGUCCUGGUCCAGGCCGACACCUUCUUCCGCGUCCCGCGGGGCCGCCUCAAGCUGCGCCGCAGCCCGGACGGGCGGGGGGAGCUGAUCUUCUAUGAGCGCCCCGACACCGCCGGCCCCAAGCUCUCCUGCUUCAGCGUCACCCCCACGGAUGACCCCGACGGCCUGGAGGCGGUGCUGGCGCAGGCGCUGGGCGUGCUGGGCGUGGUGAGGAAGGAGCGUCUCCUCUACCUCGUGGGACAGACCCGGGUGCACCUGGACCGCGUGGAAGGGCUGGGAGACUUCCUGGAGCUGGAGGUGGUGCUGACGGCGGAGCAGACGGCGGGGGACGGCGAGCGCGUGGCCCGCCAGCUGAUGGGGCAGCUGGGGGUCGAGGAGGGGGACCUGAUCUCCGGGGCUUACCUCGACCUUCUCCUGGCCAAGGGGCUCGCCGGCAGCCCCACGCCGAGGCUGGGGACCCCUGCCCACUGCCCGGGUGGUGACAGCACUGGGAGCAGUGGGGACGGGGCCACCCCGCCGCCAGACGGCUGCUGUCCCCUGCCCUUUGCCGCACAAUAAAAUCUGGGGACGGACGGCGUCUCCGCCUGGGA